AUUGUACAAGGGUGGAUUCACUGUGCGGGGGAGGGGGGGUCACAAAAGUUGCCUACCUUCAGGGGUAAAGUGCGGCCUGUUGCAUACCUUUCAGGCGGCGUCGCCGCCUCCAGGGAGGGUAAUGCCCCCCUCUUUUGGAUCCGCGCACGCCGUCGUAGGUCAUUCCCUGGAGUUUCCACCUCUCUCUGUCUGUUGAAUAUUUUUAGGGUGGUGAGGAGAGGGGAGCCAGCGACCCUCGCCUUGUAUCGACCUGGAAGUGCGGAACAAGGCCAGGCCUAUGGCCAGGCAGAGCAGGGGAGCGGAGCGAGCGGCGCUGACCUCCCCGAUCGAUUCUCCAAUACUGGACAACACCCUACUAGCAUGCUGCUAGUAGGGUGCCGCCGCUGCCCUAGCGCUGCGCCACUGCAAGGCCGCAGCUUGCGCAGUCCCUAGCGGCCCGAGCCCAGACGCGCCUUACUGAGCGCAAGUUUCUUGACAUCAAACACUCACCUCUGGCCGGGUCUUAAAAAUUAGUUUAGCUGUUUCUGGAGUAGAAUCCAAGUUGAGUGCACUGUGAGAGUUCUGAAUCUCUAGUAUGAUGCAUGCAGAACUUUCAUGCUGGUCACAAGGAAUCCCUUAUUGUGGCCCAACUAGAGUUGCCAUUGGAUGUCUAACAGAUUUUAUGUAGGUUUUUAAAAUUUGGGGUGAAUAUUGUGGAACACUCCUCCUACUUAUCACCAUGUCUGAUUCUGAAGAGGAAGUCAGUCUCGAUAAGCAGUUAAAGCUUGUUCUUGUAGGAGAUCCUUGCACUGGAAAGACCAGCAUCAUAAGAAGAUACUGUCAUCAAGAAUUUUCAAGGCAGUACUUUCCUACUGCUGGUGUGGACUUCUUCUUAAAAAGAAUAACAGUUCAUGGAAAACGAGAUGCAACUAUUCAACUGUGGGAUGUUGGAGGAUCUGCAUUGGAUGGAAAAAUGCUAGACAAGUACAUCUUUGGUGCCCACGUAGUCAUAUACGUGAUUGAUGUGACUAGUUCCUCUACUCUUGACAACUUGGGCCAGUGGAUGCAAGCUGUUCGUACUGCUCAAGCCAAGCCAGUAUUGUGUGCUGUUCUUGGAAAUAAAUGUGAUAUGGAGCAUCAGAGAGUCAUUCGUAUGGAUCAUCAACAACGAUUUGCCUCUGAUCAUGGCUUCUUUUCGUAUGUUGUGUCUGCACGCACAGGUGAAAAUAUUUCGCUGUUCUUUCAAAAGAUAGCUGCCGAACUGUUAGGUAUAAAGCUUACUCGAGCCGAACAAGAGGAGCAUCAGCCAGUUGUAAAAGCAGAAAUCUCAGAUACCCAUGUUCCCAUGGUCUCUGACUGUGUUUCAGGGAAACGAGCCCAAUCAAUGGGGGCCAAAUCAGCUGUUUGCAUCCUUCAAUGAAGGAAUGACAGUCAAAUGAAAAACAACCACCAUACUCUUGGGUUUCAUUUCAUGGAUAGAAUUAAGUGUUUUCAUGUUUUGUUUUUUAAAAUAUAGAUACAUAUUUUUGUAAUAAUCAUUCUGAAAUUAAGACUGGUUUAUUCAGCUUCAACAAUUGAAGAAAGAAAGGCUAUGAUAAGUUUACAAAUAAGCAACACCAAAAAGCACAAAUUGCAUAACUGAUAGAGUUUCGUACUGACAUUUUAUAUUUUCACCAAGUUUUGAAAAUUUGUGAUUGAAAUUCGUUGUUACUAUCUCAUUGAAAAGCGUAGAUGUUUUUCUGAUCGCACAAUGCUCGAAACUAGUGCUUGGGAUUCUAUCCAAAUUUUGUCGAAUUGUUGCUUUCAGAGCUCUUAACAUGUUUGGGCAUGAAAUAUUUUUCUCACAUUUAAAAAGAAUAAAUGCACCUAAUAACAGUUUUCUUGGCUGUUUCAAAAAACACAAUUCCAAUUUUUUUUGCUCGAGCCUGCAUAAAAAUUGUAAUUAAAUUUUUGGAUUCCUAGGUGUUUGAGAAAACGUUCAAAAUGCUGUUUCUGUCCUUUGGGAGCUUACUGCACUCUUUCUAGAAGAAUAUGAUCUCAAAAUUUAAUACUAAACCUCAUAAGCUCAAAUGAGAUCAGUUUAGGGGCAUUUGGACUGUUUUCAGCAUUUUUGACCAAUUUCAACUAUUGAAAAAUGUGGGAAAGAAUUUUUUGAUGCCAUGUUUUAAGACAUGUUUGUUAAGGCUGCCCAAAGCAACACCUUGACAAAACUUUGAUGAAAUCUGGAGAGACAUCUAACUAAAAGUUAGCCCUACUUGUUCUUUUCUCAAUUAUGAACAACUUGAUGCUUUCGAGUUCCUCCAUAUCAUCCUAGUGGCUAUGAGAUCAAACUUAAAAUUACACCCAAGAAAGAAUACAUUGAAGGGAAAACUCUUGCUUUCUUGCAAUGUAACAGCUAUUACUUCUGGAUGACAAAUAUCAAUAAGAAGAGGUAGAAGAUACAGGCUAAGACCCUACAACCCUGGGAAAAAAAGGAAGUGGCAAGGUGUCACUUAGGUGGCAAUGAAGUGGCUAUUAAGGUAGUAAGUGGCAAGGUGGUUACAAAGUGGCAAGGUGGUUGUGAAGUGGCAUGUAACUGGUCAAGUGGCGAUAAAGAGCCAAGUGGUAAAGUGGCAAUUAAAAAUCCAUACCAAGGGGGCAGAGCGUUAGGUAGGAGGCUGUGUUGUUCUAGCCCAUAACUCAAUUGGAAGCCAACAGAUGGCGCCCAGCACUUUCCUGCCCGGCAUCAGGCUCUCGGGGAAAAGGUUUUGUGCCAAACUACUUAGGCAGCUGCAGGAAUCAGCACCGAGGCUGGACCUCAUGAUGCCAGACGGACUAAGUUGUGAGGCUGAAGGCAACUCUUCCGUAGUUGGACAUACAAUCUGAAGUCCUGGCCUUGGUCGCAAUUCUUGACCAUGAAGGUGAUGUGGGUCUAUGUUCAUAGACGUACUGGAUGGCUGUGCGGGCUUCUGCCUUGCAAUAGUCAAAUGUGUCAGAAUUUCAACGUUUAAUUAAAUUUCUGAAACUCCGCCAAGUCAUAUACUAGUCCAUUCGGAACUGUUAACAUCUACUUAAUUGCCACCUCGCCCCCUACUGGCCACUUCACCCCCUACUGGCCACUUCAACACCUUGCCACUUAAAAUGUCAAAAUCCACUUAAAAACCACCUUGCUAAGGUGGCAGUAAGGUGACACUUAAAUGCCACUUAAAUCACACCUCGCCACCUUCUUUUUUUCCCAGGGUAAAUUCCACAUUCAUACUUUCAAUUGAAAAAAAAUUAAUUGAUAUUAAGGUAAUAUCCAAGAGAAAACAGACGGCAAAGGGCCCAAGUAAAUAGAGCUUGUAUUUUCUUUAUAUUAAAGAACAGAUCUCAGGACACAGGCUUCAUAAACUCAUACAAAAAGAGGAGUGUUGCUCCAACGGCUUCACAAAUCGAAUAACGCUUUUGUUGAAGGCUUGUGAAAGUUGAACACAGCAGAACACUGGAUAAGACUAUUAGGCGCUAGGUAUUGAAUGACAUGAUAUGGUGAUGAAAAAAGAGAUACUUCAUAAUUGCUAUUUAUAAGAGUUCAAUUAGAAUAGGUUUUGAGGUCUGUAUUGAUCCUAAUUGUACCUUACAAUUACAAACUUUGAAGUCAAGAGGACACGACAAAACAGUUUCUGGGUUAAAUAAAAUCAAAUGGCAACCAUGCAAACGUGUGCAACUCAUUCUAAACUAAAUGGACCCAUGAUUAAAACACCAGUUCAUGAAUUUAAGCAAGGAGCACAUUUAUUAGCAGACGAUAUACCAGUCUUCAUUGUUUAAGUUAAUUAUGAAGCAAUUUAGUUAUGGGGUGCAAAGGUGAAAUCUUGUUUCUAAUGUCCUUCUGCAACUUGGCUGAAGUUAUGAACAGUUGACGUUGACGCAUACAAACAAAAAGUUAAUUUCCUUGAAUUGAUACAGCUAUCUGUAAGACUUGCACAUACCACCUCAGCGGUGACUUUGUUUGCCUGUUUUGAUAUGCAAAUAUACAGGUAGGGUGUCAUAAUGAAGUUGGCAAUAAAAUUAAUCGCAAGUGCAGAAUUAUUAUUAUUUUGAUUAUAUCAGACAGACAAACAUCUGGCCUAGUGGUAAUAGUGGAUGGCACAGUUAAGUCUUAUAAAUGUAAAUAUUUUUGGUCUAGUUUAUGUGGUCUCUCUGGAAGUGGGGAAAAUAAAUAAACAAUUAUUCAAGAGGACAACAAAAAAGAUUACUUCUCUUGCUGAUAAAUUAUCUUUCAAAAUUCAGUCAAAAGAUAUCAGUCUGACAAACCAUUCAUUUAGGGUUUUGCAUUGCAAGUGUGCAACAAAUAUAUGAAAAGUAACCAAGGUAAGGCCUUCGGAGUACCACUGACCAUUCCUUAACAAACAUCAAAUAGUAUCACUUAUUGACAAAUUUAAAUUCACCAGUGUUUUAUUUCUUUAUGACUUAAACCCUGGUCCAGGUCUAGCAUAAACUAUUUGAUACAACAGAAAGAAGCUGUCACAUCAUCUUUUGAACAGUGAACUGAGCUAAGCAGAAAACCGAGUAAUAGUACAUUAAGAAAGUUAGUUCACUACAACUAAGUACAUAGAUGGUGGAAAGACUAGAGGACACAAUGUACCUAAACACUAAAGACACCGAGCGAGCAAACCACACAAUAAUGCAAUUAUGUUUAUGGUAAAGUACAUCACUGAGAUCUACAUUUCAAUACAUUAAUAACCAACACAUAAAUGACAGUAUAAUAUACAGUAACAAAAAGCUAUAAGGAAUGCAACAUCAACUUAGGGAAAGAUUUCUACUCUUGGAGGAACUUGGAAGAAUGUAACUGCAAGCAUACAUAUUGUAUUGUUUCUAGUGAACACAUUCUCACUUAAGUACAAUUGAAAGUGCAGUGCAAUGGAGGAAAAAUUUAUGUAGCUUAAAAUAAUUUAAAGAGAGUCCAAUGAGUCACUGUGAUGAAACAGAAUUAUUUUGUGAAACAGUAACUCCCCUCUUACAUACAGCUA